AUGACCCCUAAAGUUAGAAAAGGAAAACCACAUAAAAAAGCUUCUCCUAUUAAGAGCAAAGAUAUUAAAAUAAUAGUUAUUGAUAGUUUCAAGAGAGAAUAAAAAAAAUAGGAAGUGAAGAAAAAGGGAACCAAAAAGUAGUUAAGCAAAUUAUAAAAAUUUCAAGCUCAAUUGAUUCCUCAAAAUAAUGUAGAUUAGAUUAGAUUACAGCAUAUCUCAUCUAAAAUUUAGUAGAAUUACAGAACUCAAAAUCAGUCAUAUUUAUUAAAAAUAAAGAAUUAAUAUGAUUAAUAUCAGUCUUUGAUCUUAAAAUAUACAUUGUUAACUGAACUUGAUGAUUUUUGUCAUACUCAUGAUCUUCUAAGAAAAACUAUUAUAAAUACCUUCAUUAAUUAGAUUAAGCUAAGUUUCAAUUUUCAAAAUAAGAAUCAAUUUCAAGUUAUUACAAUAGAUCAAAUGAUUUCGAUAUAAUUAAAAAUUAACGCAUAAUCUUAUUAAUUAGAACUAUAUAAUUUACUAAAACCAAUUUUUAGAUCUAAAACUGUGGAUUAAGCUUUCAUAAAAUUAAAAAUAAUGUUGCAAUAAAGAUAUAUAAAGAAAAAGUUAGAGGAGAAACAUUAAGUCUUUGAAAGUUUGAAGGAAUAAAGUUUAGAAAAAUGUUUUGAUAAUGAAAUGGGUAAUUUGCAUUUUUCCUCAUUAAAUUACGCUUAACUUUUAGAAAUAUAAUAAAAACAAGAGUUAAUAUAAAAUGCAAAGGCAAAAUAAGAUUAACCAUUAAUUUUAGAUAGUUUUUUUAAAAAUUCUAAUUUGCAGAAUCCUAAAUAAUAAUUAAGUUCAAUUAGACAAUUCUUAAUUAAACCAAUUGCUAAAUAAUAGAUUGAAAUAAGUAAAAUUUCUGUGAAAUCUAGAAAUCAAAGUAAAGAAUCAUGUUAUUCAAGAAAUGAGUCUUAUUUAAUGCCUUUUUAAUCAAAUAUAUAAAACAAAAAAGCUUAACCAUAUUAAAAUUUAAUUCAAGAGUUUAGAUAAUAAAACAAAUAGGUAUUUUAACCUAAUGUUAAUCAAAAAUUGAGUAGAGCUUAAAGCAUGAAUACAUCUUUUGAAUUACCUUUUGAUUUUGAAUCAUAAACAAGUUGUACUCCAGCUAAUGCUAAAAAAACUAUGUUAGUCUAAAAUGGAUAAAAUAACAAGAUAGGUUUUGAGGUGGGAUGUCGAGAAAUAGAUAAAUAUAGUUAUAAUUCUAGGAAACAAGUUAGAAAUCCAAAUAUAAGUGUUAAUAGGAAUGACUUUAAUCAAUCUCAAUAAUUUAAUUAUCAUAAUAGAAGUGUUGAUUUUAGUAGAUAAUUAGGAUUAAGCAAUUUAUACAAUUCUAAGAUGUUUAAUGUAAAUAACAGUUAAGUAAAUGGAAAUAGCAAUCUAUAAUUUUCAAAAGUAUAAUCAUAAAAUGCUAACAAUGAUUGGUUAAUUGAAUCACCAUAAGGCAGAUCAGUUCUUUAAUCAUAAAAUACAUGGUAAUAAUAUAAUUGGAUAAUAUUUACAAAUGAAAAUAGCAAUUUGAGGUUUAAUAGAUAAAUCAACAUUUAAAAUUUGAAAUUAUUAAAUGUUUCAAUUGAAUCUACUUUUUUUGAUGAUUUUGAGUAUAUAUUAUUGAGUGAUAAGUUUAAAAUAUUGAUAAUGGAACAAAAAGACUUAGUUUGCCCCGAAACCCAUAUGAGACUGGGUAAGGGGGAUGAAAAUGGAGCAAUUCAGGCUAUGAUUAAUAAAAUGAAACUUUAAAUGCAUUAAUUUAUGCUAUAAUACAAUAGUAGAUAAGUAAUUGUUUUGAUUUAAUACUAACACUAAUUUUUUUUGAGAAUGCUAAUCGAAUACAUAUUUCCAUAAUUAGGAUAAUUGUAAGAAUAAUAUAGGAUAACACCAUUUUACUAGAUAGAGGAGUUGCAAGAAAUAAUAUUUGAUUUAAUACAGACCUAAGAGAAUAUUAGAUAUGAUAGAUUGAUAAAAGUAUCAAAUGAUCUUAGCAAAUUUCGAUCAAAAAUAUAAAAUAUUGAAUUUUCUAAUUUGGUUACAAUGAGAUGCUUGAAUCAGUUAUAUUAGACUUUAGUAUAAUAAUUAACAAAUUGA